AUGUUCAUCAAAACCCUCAUUUCGACUUUUGCCCUAGGCGCAAGCGCUGAGCUAAUCGUCGGCCUGGGUUCUUCGUACGCUGAAGGACCAGGUCUUGCGCAGCCGAUAGGCGAACUUCUCAGCCAAAAACUUUCAGGCAACGACGGACAACAGUGGUCCUUCACCAACCAUGCCGUCAGUGGUAGCGUCCUCGAGGACAUUACAGGAAAUCAGUCUCCGGAACUUGAGGGAUCCAACCCCAGGAUUGUCUAUGUUGUCUCUGGUGGUAACGAUUUAUCGUAUGCCACUUGUUUGGGCAACCCUAGCGACAGCGCAUGCCAGAAUUCCAUCUCUGAGGAUGAAUACAAGCAGCGCUACGGAGGCGUCCUGGAUUCUGUUAUCCAGCAUACAGCAGGUGAUGCAGAUCUGACCAUCUUCUGCGUGACUUACAUCAGGGCCCUUGGCGCAGACACCGUCUGCCCAAGCGACGACUGCCCGAUGUCAGCCGAGGAAAAAGAGCAGAAUGACGAUCUUUACAACCGGGUUGUCGACUACACUGUUCGUGCGAUAGAUGAAUGGAAGGCCAGUGGAGACAAUGGAAAGUACGAUGUACGCAUGAUUCCCAUGCGCGAGAACAGUCAGCAGCACUACGUCGGUACCGCCGAGCCGUGGAUCAAUGGGGCGCAGGUCCCAGAGGGUGCUGGAGGUAUUACGUGGCACCCUAACAACGCGGGAGCUAAUGCUGUUGCCGAGUUCAUUUUUGAAAGCUUUACCAACUGA